CGGCGGCGCUCGUCCGCCUGCUGCCGCAGCCCCCCAGCACCUCCCCGCUCUUCCCUCGGUCUCCUGAAGUGCCGCUCGGCGUUGCGCGCCCGCCUGGACGGGCUCCUCCUGGACGAGGUGGCGAAGCGGAUGGUGUCGGCCUUCCAGGGCUGGGCGCGGGAGCUGCGCAGGCUGCAGGCGGUCGCGGCGGGAGCCGCUCCCUGGCGCUCGGUUCCGGUUUCGGCGAGGCUCCGCCGUCAGCCCCGCGCGGGCACUCCCACUCACGGUUAUUUGCCUAAAGACAAAGCAUUUAUUUUGCCACCCCUUCGGCUGUCGCCCAUCGCUGGCACAAGCACCGCAGGACACAAACGGAGCCGGGGAACGUCCGGUACCCCGGCAGCGAGAGCCGCUGUAAUGCAUCACCGUGGCGUCAGGCUCAUUGCAACGUCACGGAGCACGCCCGGGUGCGGAGCGGGCGCCCCCUGCUGGCUCGGGGGAGCGGCGCAGGCAGAGCGGAGGGUGCGGAGCGGGCGCCCCCUGCUGGCUCGGGGGAGCGGCGCAGGCAGAGCGGAGGUGCGGAGCGGGCGCCCCCUGCUGGCUCGGGGGAGCGGCGCGGGCUGUGUUUCCCGUGGGCCCCUGCGGCAGACCGGGGCGGGCGGAAGAUGGCGGAGCCGCCCGGCGCCGCGGCGGAGGAUUCGUGGGGGAAGGUGGACGCAGCCUGCAGCGACAAUGGCCUGGACUCAGCGCUCUUCGUGGAGAACGCCAGGAAGGGGAACAUUGUGUCACGAGCCAACAGCAUCGGCUCCACCAGCGCCUCCUCUGUCCCCAACACAGGAGCCCUGCAAGGAGUCGUACAAGGACCAGCGCCGGCGGGCACACACCCAGGCGGAGCGCAAGCGGCGAGAUGCCAUCAAGAAAGGCUACGAUGACUUGCAGGCCAUCGUCCCCACCUGUGAGCAGCAGGAUUUCUCCAUAGGCUCCCAGAAGCUGAGCAAGGCUAUUGUGCUCCAGAAAACCAUUGACUACAUCCAGUUCCUGCACAAGGAGAAAAAGAAGCAAGAGGAGGAAGUUUCUACCCUUAGAAAAGAUGUGAUGGCCUUGAAGAUCAUGAAAGUGAACUAUGAGCAGAUUGUGAAAGCUCAUCAGGACAACCCAAGUGAAGGCAAGGACCAGGUCUCUGACGAGAUGAAGUUCAACGUUUUCCAAGGCAUUAUGGAUUCUUUGUUUCAGUCUUUCAACGCCUCCAUCUCAGUGACAAGUUUUCAGGAGCUCUCAGCUUGUGUCUUCAGCUGGAUUGAGGAGCACUGCAAGCCCCAGACACUGCGGGACAUCGUGAUCGGGGUCCUGCACCAGCUGAAGAGUCAACUCUACUGAGCCUGCCCCUGGCAGCACCAGCGGCUCUGGGGCCUCUGCACCCCUGAGGCCAGCAACUCCUGCCCAGGGCCUGGGUGUUGGGCACUGGGAGGGGCUGGGCCAGCUCCCUCCUGGCUGUUUUUAAAGCUUCUUUGAAUUAUUUAUUGCAUUAACUACAAAGCAAAACAAGGCUGUGCGAAGAGCAGCUCCACGGUUCCUGCCACAGUUGUUGCUACCAAAUGUCUGCAGGGACUUGGGAAGGGGCAGAAACGUUUGUGGGGCAGAGGUCAUGUGAGGGGCUGGAGUCUGCAGCUCAAGGCAGCUGGGAUGGGGUCUGCCUGUGGCACCAACUCAGCUGUGAAGCAGAGAUAAGCACAGGCCUCGGAUACAGCUCCUCUGACCCUGGGAAGGGGAAAGAAAUAGGAACCCCAAAGCUGCUGGUUUCUGGUAAAACAGCCUGGGGCUGGGUUUCUCCCAGCUUACCCCCCUGCCCCAGAGCAGCUCUUACAGCGUGGAUGUUUCAGUUGAGAUGUGGGCAGGCAACACCCCCAACUUUGACUUGGUUUUGUUUUGGUCUCUGAAUCACCCAGUUCCUCCUGCAGCAGCCCCAGUGUCAGCAGGGUUUGCUCUCUGUGUCCCCACUGUCCCCAGGGCAGUGAUGCUGUAGCAGGAGCAUGUUUAGGCUGCUGCUUCUGUCCACCUUUAGCAGCAGAGAACCCACUCGGGGGGGUGUUUGUUCUACAGAACUCCUCACCCUCUCUCUGUUCGUGUGGGCCCUUUGCAAGGCUCUAGAAGCCCAGAGACAGACCUCACCCAUAAAGCACACACAGGGCAGCUGGGGCUCCCCUGGGAGCUGGUGUGAAGAAAACCUUUGUGGGGAGCAGGGUGGGGCUGGGGCCCUGCGGUGGCACCCAGGGCACAGGCCGAGCCCCAGGAGCUGCCUCGGGCAGAGGUGAAGCUUUACAGACCUCACCUGGAAAACAAAAUAUUUUUCUAUUGUGAAAAGUAAUUAAAUAAAUUUUGCUGAAUGUUUUA